CUUGCCGAAAUCGGCGUGGGGGAGUCGGAGGGAGCGGAACCAGUGCCGAGCGGAACCUGCGGGGGCGGAGGCGGUGGCUGUGGCGGCGGAGCUGGGAGCAGGAACAGGAUCGUGUUCUCCAUACCAGGGCCCGGGCCAAAACCAGACUGCCACUCCUGCACUUGAGCCCUCCUGUCCUCAGAAAGUGGUUGCUGUGAUCAUGGGUAAUAUCUUCGGAAACCUUCUGAAGAGCCUGAUUGGGAAGAAGGAGAUGCGCAUUCUGAUGGUGGGCUUGGAUGCUGCAGGGAAGACCACCAUCCUGUAUAAGCUGAAACUGGGCGAGAUCGUCACCACCAUCCCCACCAUUGGGUUCAACGUGGAGACAGUGGAGUACAAGAAUAUCAGCUUCACAGUUUGGGAUGUGGGUGGCCAGGACAAGAUUCGACCUCUCUGGAGACACUACUUCCAGAACACCCAAGGCUUAAUAUUUGUGGUCGACAGUAAUGAUCGGGAGCGAGUAAAUGAGGCCCGGGAGGAGCUUAUGCGGAUGCUGGCGGAGGAUGAGCUCCGGGAUGCGGUACUCCUUGUCUUUGCAAACAAACAGGAUUUGCCUAAUGCUAUGAACGCUGCUGAGAUCACAGACAAGUUGGGCCUGCAUUCCCUGCGUCACCGCAACUGGUACAUUCAGGCCACCUGUGCCACCAGCGGGGACGGGCUGUACGAAGGCCUGGACUGGCUGGCCAAUCAGCUCAAAAACAAGAAGUGAGAGCCAGACAGCCCUAUCCGACCACCCCCCCUCCCCCCGACGCACCUACUGUCUCCCUGCCCCAGCCCUGCCCCUUCCUUCCCGUUGCCAGUGUGGCCAGGGCCCUGGGUAUCAUGUCCGCAUGCCCAACAAGAGCCUUGCCCCCUGCCUCCCCUCCACUCCCCUGUCCAUGACCAGUCCCCAGUUGCUGUCCUGAUGAUGAAUCAUUCCAAUUUAUCGGAUUUAAAACAAAAACAA